CGCGAACGUCUAUUACAUCAUCAUCCUCGCGUGGUCGCUCUACUACAUCUUCAUGUCGUUUGCGCCCGUCGUACCGUGGGCCUCAUGCGGCAACGAAUGGAACACACCCAGGUGUUUCGAUCACUUCGACGAUAGCGUGAGGAAUAUUAGCAGUGACGGUUUAAACUCGUCGCUGCCGCCGGGCAUGGUGAUGAUAAACGGAACCUUGAUGAAGGUGAUAGAUCCCGUCGAGGAGUUCUGGUAUAACAAGGUGUUGCAGAUCUCUAGCGGUGUGGAUGAUUUAGGUUCGCUCCGGUGGGAAUUGGUACUCUGUCUCAUCCUAGCCUGGGUUAUCUGCUACUUCUGUAUAUGGAAGGGAGUGAAAAGUUCAGGAAAGGCAGUCUACUUCACGGCAACCUUUCCCUACGUCAUCCUAUUCAUACUGUUCAUCCGUGGAAUCACUCUCACCGGAGCGACAAAGGGAAUCAAGUAUUACCUGAUGCCGGAUUUCGAAAGAUUAAAGGAGCCAGACGUGUGGAUUGAGGCGGGCACGCAGGUUUUCUAUUCAUACACUAUAGCGCUGGGAGCGUUGACGGCCCUCGGCAGCUACAACAAGUUCAACAACAACUGCUACAAGGACUGUAUAAUAGUGGCGCUGAUCAACAGCGGCACGAGCUUCGUCUCCGGAUUUGUUGUCUUCUCCGUUCUCGGCUUCAUGCGCCACGAACAGGACGUCGACGUGGGAGCAGUGGCUGAGUCUGGCCCGGGACUGGCGUUUCUCGCGUAUCCUAAGGCAAUAACACAGAUGCCGAUUGCUCCUCUCUGGGCCAUCUUGUUUUUCUUCAUGUUGCUGUUGCUCGGACUCGGCAGUGAGUUUGUCGCCGUGGAGGGUUUCGUGACGGCGGUCGUAGACUCGUUUCCGCAGACGCUGCGACGAGGUCACCGCAGGGAGGCGCUCGUUGCCUGCGUCGUAUUCGUGUCCUUCUGCAUCGGGCUUACCAUGGUUACAAACGGAGGACUGUACGUCUUCUACGUCUGGGACUACUAUGCAUCUAGCGGCAUGACUCUGCUCUGGUUCUGCUUCUUUGAAUGUAUCGCCAUCGGCUGGCUUUACGGUGCCAACAAAUUCUACGAUGACAUCGAACUGAUGGUUGGGUUCCGCAUCAACCCGUGGCUGCGCAUCUGCUGGACAUAUGUGACUCCGGUCGUAACCUGUGCCAUCUUUGUCUUUGAGCUGGUGAGAUACGUUCCUCUGAAGAUCGAGGGCAGUUUCUUCAGUUACGAGUAUCCGAUGUGGGCGCAGAGCUGUGGCUGGUGUCUUGCGCUAACCUCGAUGUCCAUGGUUCCGAUCUACGCCAUCUACAAACUGCUCUCCACGCCGGGAACCUUCAGGGAGCGCUGGAUCCUCACGACCACGGCCAAGCUGAAGCCGCAUCAGAUGAAAGAAAACGUCACCAGCGCCCCCUGCUCGCAGGCAGAGCUGCGUGACUUGCUAUCAGCACCGGAGAAGCCCGGGGAAGUCUCCCGUAUCAGCUCCCUCCUCCCGAUCACCAACGACAAGGAGGAUCAGUAGCCCAGCACGACGGUGGCUCCACCUCACAGAUCUCACAGCACAUCUUUGAUGCCCACCGUCGUCGCUGCUUCCGCCGCCGGCGACGACGACGAUAGCGACGGCGACGUUGAUGAUACCACGAUAAGUCCGCGAUACUGCCGUCUGUUUGUGUCCCCAGGCCGGGCGGCAGGGCGGGGGGAGGGGUUUAUUAUCCAAAGAUCGGGUUUAUAAUCGUACUACAGAUGACGUCAGCUGCGGUCGCUCCCCAGGAUAUAUGUCACAGAUCUGCAAAUAUACGCGAUAUUAGAUAUUAUCUGCAGACGAGAACGUCAGAAAACUUCGGUUCAAACUUCGGCUGCGUUUUAUAAAAGAACGGUUCGACUUUCUAGCCGCUUUUUAAGCAGAAUUUGAACUUGCCAUGGCAACGCAUUAUUCAUUCGCCAUAUUUUCUAGAUUGUUUAAGGGUUACCUUUCCUCCUGUUUCUCUCUUUCUCUCAGGUGUCACUAGCAAACAUUGCACGUGCCAAUUCUGGCACGCAUAUUACAAGUAACUCUGGCAAAUAUUUUACAGGCGAAUCUGGCAAAUAUAUAGCAAGUCAUUCUAGGGCGAGUAUGCUGUAAGUGCUUCUGCGAAUAUAUAGGAAUAUAUAUGCGAAUAUAUGCGAAUAUAUAUGCGAAUAUAUAUCCGAAUAUAUAUAUAGGAAUAUAUAUGCGAAUAUAUAGAAGUGACUUGCCUUGAUGUAGGCAAUUUGUAAAUCUGUGCGAAGAAUUUCCCAUAGUCAGGGAGAGAGAGACCACCUUUUACCAUCUAGCUGUUAUUAUACAAAUAGCUUGAAAGCAUAUCAACUAUUAUAUAGGCAUAAACGGAAAGUGAUAUGUGGUGACGUCAUUGCUAUAGUCAUCGCUAGCGAGACCGCGGCGCCCUCUAUAUAUAUGUAAAGGCGGCGUGUCAUCGUGGCAUCAUCAUCGGUAGGCAGCCGAAGAUAUUAAGAAAGAUAUUAGGUCGGUUGUAUCAUCUGACGCACAACUCACUAACAAUUUGUCUUCCGUAACGAACACAUGUGUACACAUUCUCCGAUGGAAAACAAAACGGUUAGUUCUAAGUCACUUGAGGUCACUUGAGGUCACGAGAGAUCAGACAUGGGUAGGCUGAGGGUGACUCCUGGUAAAAUUGUUGAGCCAAAUGUGUCGUGACUUGGCACACAGCAGUUAGACUAAAUGUAACCAGUCGAUCUCUUGCAAAUCCCACCGUCUGUAAUACCAUCAACUGAGUGGGUGAGAAACCAUUAGAUUACGCUAGACUAUUCACAAUGAUACAUAUAUCACAAUGAAUAUUGAUAGCCUGCCAGUCUACGCACAGGCUGCCUGGAUCAUUCGUUAGCGAAUCACAAAACGAGUUUGAACAAGGUGGCUCUGGUGUUGGCGGCUUGCGACAAAGACAACUACUACAAUAAUUUAUAUUAUCGACUUUUUCUGACUGUUUGUAUAGCAUCAGCAUCAAUCACGAAUUUCAUAAUCAUAUGUUAUCAUACGUCAUACUCUUCAUUCUGCUGCGCAUUUCUUAAAAUAUCAACAUACUCUACGCGUUUUUUGUCCGGGCAAAGAUUAAAAUGGCCAUAGUUUUAUAUUUUUUAACCAUUUAAAAAACGUUGAGUGUUCGAGUGUAUAUUUUCCUUCAUGAUACGUCCUGCAUUUUUUUAUCUAUCCCUUCGAAACUGAUGACGAAACGUUUUUGAUUUGACGAUCUUUAGCUAUAGCCUCAUUGAUCAUGACCUGUAAUCGUGCGAAUCUGUAAUCAUUUUAACACACGCGUGUAAAUGUAUGCGAUCAUCGCUUAGCGUGGUUAGUCGCUCGCAAAUAGUUUAGCAUGAGAUGUAUUUUAUAAACUCUCGUUAACAUAGUGUGGUUUGGUUUCAUGACCCAUUUCCCCUGCGUUGCUCAAUCUUACAAGGCACAGGGUAAUUGUUGUAGAGUUACAGGGUGCAAGGAAUACGUUACAGGGUGCCGCUAGAACUAGUAGCAGUGCAGCAGAAGUGGGACAGGAAGCAAGACAAUCGUCGCCAACAUUGCGACGGUGUGAUAAACGCAGCAAGAGUAUUUUCUCAAAUAGGAGGCAAGCUGUCACAGAGUGUAGGCGGGGUUGGUACGCACACACGCGCGCGCGCGCGCGCACACACACACACACACACACACACACACACACACACACACACACACACACACACACACACACACACACACACAACACAUAAACACACACGAGGGUCGGGCAUGCGGGAGGCUAGACCUAGCGUCUUGACCGCUGCACUACACGACGCACGCAGCAUUUAGCGCGUAUCUAGGAAUAGAGAUAAUGUAUAGUUUCCUGUGCGCAUCCGUGCCAAUGAUAUACUUAUAAUUAACAACCGUGGUAGUCGUUGUUAGCGCGCUGCGAACGCGCAGUGCGCAUGCGCUCUCGUAUACUCGGUACGGUGGUUCAGGAGGGACAACGCGCUGCCCACCGCGAGCCGAGGCUGGGGUUAGGUAAACAAGACAAGUGUUAAGGGACGGCGUGGGCCGUCUCUACAGGGCGAAGGUGCAUUGCACCGGUCAACAUUUUUAGGGUUAAAAUUGGCGUUAGGGUUCGAUAAUCGAACUCCUAUCGCGAUUUCCAACGCUAACCUUGAACGAAACAUCAUCUUUAACCCUAGUUCGAGCCCGCCCACUUGAAAUACUACUCAGACUAGGUGGGUCCGGCCCACAACGAGUGACGUAGUAUCUACUUUGACCCUGACAGCGCGUGUGUAGCCCUCCGAGAAUGGCGUAACCCUCCUCGGCCACCGUACGUACUAUUAUAAUAGCUAGUUACUGCGAUUUGUAGCCCACGAACGCUGCGAAUCGUGAGCCGUGAUGUCGCGUGUGUAGCAGGUGUUGGUGUAGAACAAGGUCCCUAUAUUUAUAACUUACGAUCGGGGGGAAUCGGCAGCUGGUGCCCGCCUGGGCAAGGAUAGACCGUCCGCGUCGAGGACGGGCGGGAGCUAUCAGCCGGGAGGUCACGUGAGUGACUAGGGGCGCGGUCUGCUGAUUCUAGCGCCGUCUGGCGGUCUCGAUUUACAGUCCCAGUGGAGACCACCAAAAACUUUUCUGGCAAUGUGUGACGUGUUUACGGGAAAAUAGGCUCUGGAUGACUCGACGCCGUCGGUCUGGAACCACCGCCGGGCAUCCGGGAUCGCGUUCCGUAUCCGCCCGUGGAGCCCGACCGGCGGUGCCCAAGCCAUCUCCUGGUUUCCAGGAUCUGGAAUUCGGAUAUAUGCCAACCUCCAGAGGGCACGGGUCCAUUAUUUUGUGACAGCUACUCAAUGCAACUAUUUUGUACGAUGCCAAUGGCAAAUGGGGUUACCCCGAAAGUGGGUUUCCAAUAAAAUAAAAACACAAUGAUAUUAUUAUUAUUAUUACCAUUAUUAUAACGUGUCGUCGCGUUUUAUCGCGUUUUAGAAUAAUAUUGUAGAUCUUAUAUAAUAAUAUGGCCGGCUGCUAUUAGAGAUCGUGUGGUUUGCAUACCAGUUGAUGGAAUCUCAUAUUUAUAUUGAUCUAGUCUCUCCAGACUGAUUUUGUUUGAAUUUUGUACGCACUAUUAUACAGCCGUUGCUUAAAGUGCCACUAGCGUGUAUACGUAUAGUUAUAUACAAUAGUAUACACCCUCUUGCAUAUUUUUGUAACACUUAUUCACUGGUUCUUGUGAUAUCCUACAGAGCAACGGAGUGCCGCGUGUAGGUGUGCGCAUGCUGGCUUUAGAUGACGUUGGCAAUAUGUGACGUCACGCGGGCAUUGCCAGAGACCUUAACAUAUAUAAUGUUUGAACAUGAUGAACGGCCUCUGGACGUGUAUUCUUUCUCAGUGACGUCACGCCGGAUGCGUCGAAGGCUGCCAUGGUAGCAGAAUCACGUGAUCGUUGGCGCAUGCGCACAACUCGACGCCGCGCUCCCGCUGGCUGUUUAGCAGGGAUGCAGGUGUUGGCGAGUUUUGAGACAAACGGAAUUCCUUUAUCAUUCCCGAACCUUGGAAUUUCCGAUCUAAAAAACAGACAGAGAAGCGCACGUGUAUUGUAUUUCAUAUCUUUAGUGAAAUAUAUAUAGAAAGAAGACGGUCAUGAACACAUGACAAGGACAGUCAGUGCGGAUACAAACGUGUCCCGACUGUCAGCCGCUCCUGUCCGCUCGAAAAACCGCACUGUGAACCCUGCGAGAAAUUCUUAACGCGUUUUGUAUACUAUUACGGGCUUGCCUGCAAACUCACAGGGCUGUGUCGCUGUGCAGACAAUGGGCCGGAAACCUGAGUAUUUUCCGCCAGUAGCAAUCCGCGUAUUCGCACACGUUCCGCAUUGCAAGGAUGUGUACGGACGCGGAUCGGACUGCGGUGUUUGCGCCGCACGAAUCCAGGCUUGUCUUGCAUUUAUUUCGGACGUGCGGACCCGUAUGUUGCCACACUUGCGGACAGGAGCGGCUGGUAGUACGCGCAGAGGUUCGUGACUAGAGAGACUGGGUGCGUUGUACCCCAGGAUCAUUCCAGACAGCGCCCUCUCUCGGCACGGCCUGCGUGGGGCAUGUUCACGGCGUUCUAUUGCCUCCACAGCCGCGUCAUCACUUAUUGUUAUGACGUCACGUUUGAUGCGCCGGUGGUGGUCAUUCGGUGAUGACCUUCUGGCGGCAUUGUGGGUAAUAUAUACCGCAGUUACCCUGACAUCGAUUUGUCUGUGAUUUGAAAAUUUGUUGCUAUUGUAUAGUUGGUUUAAUUUUGUUGCAUUUUGUCAUAUAUAUUAAAUAAUAGGUUAAAAUGAUAUGGUGAUUUGUUGUGUUACAGAUUUGUUGUGUAAUAUAUACAAUUAAGACUGUUCAAAAUAAAUGAGUUUAAAGCAAGAUC